GAGGGUUCAACAACUUUCCUCACCGUAAGGAUUUCUUGUUGUUGACUUCCUGAGCGUUCCCCUUCCCCUAAAAUAUUCCUUUCGAUGGCGGUGAUCGCCCCCCACUUCUCAGGGAAGCAUCGUCCCGCUCUGCGGGGCUUACUGAUCCUUGUUGUACUACUCGUACCAUUACACCUGGCACAAAUUGUUACUGGGACCCUUCUAAUUAUCCAACAUAUCAGUAUGCUGUUGUACCAGAAUAUUGAGGCUCUGAUCAUUGCCUCGACCUAUCUUCCAGGACAUUUAUUCAACGAACUAACGCUGCAAGGUUGUGUUAUUUUACUCUCUGUUCCGACAAUCAGCGCUCUCCACCGUGAAGCCUUACGGUCUACCUGUAAAUGCGUGAGCUGCUGCCGUUUGACUCGCCCAGUUGUGUUAUUUUGUUGGGUCUUCACAAUUUUCCUCUUUUCCGUUCCAUCCCAUCAGUUCACACGAUCUCCGAUGAAAUCUCAUCAAUGGCGAAUUCUCAGCAGAGGGCUGCGACGAUCAUCGUGUGAUGACGCGUUGAAGCAAACAUUGUUCAAAUGGAGGCAGCGUUGUAUUCUUGGUUUCCUCUUCGUUGUCCCAAUACAACUCCCAAGAGGAUUUCUCCUCUUUUGGCCCAAUCCACUUGUCAUGGAUUUGCUGUCGGUUCUGUCGGGACCAAUACAUUAUCUAUCGUUUUUACUAUUGGUUCUCCGCAUCACUUCACGGGGCAGUUCCGACGAGGACAUAGCCCUCGGUCCUAUAUUGCCACAGAGUGGGGAUGCGGAUGCCCCCGUUCAAGAUUCUCCCGACGCGGUCAAUCCCGACGAGUCCAAUACUUCUGAACCGUACCGUAGCUCAUUAGAAGCAGGCAAGAACCCAGCGCAUGUGCAGCCAGAUGGCACGAACCAGCUCCUCGAGCCCCAAUCGGCACGGAGCAAAGCAGUGGACUAA